AUGGUCCAAGGCAUGGACGAGCAGUGGCAGGCCGACUUGUGCGACAUGCAAGCGUUCCACCAGGACAACGAUGGGAUCAAGUACCUCUUGACGGUGAUCGACGUGCUCAGCAGCUCAGUUUCUCGUGUCCCCGAGAAACUGCAGACGGACGAUGGGACCGAGUUACAACGAGACCAAGCCAGCGUGGUGGAGCGGUUCAACCGAACGUUUAAGGGGUCGAUGUGGCGCUACUUUACCCACCACGAGACCCGACGGUACCUGGACAUCCUUCCCGACUUGGUGACCAACUACAACCACUCGUACCACCGCAGCAUUCGGAAGGCCCCCGCGGAGGUGGUGACCCCCGGCGAUGCCCAAGAGGUGUGGGCCACGUUGUACCCCGAGGCUCCUUGGGCUGAGGCCAUCACCGGAGAGAAAGAGACGACGACGACGAGGGAAAAGAAGAAGAAAUCACCGCGCUUCAAGGUGGGGGAUCAGGUGCGCCUCAGCAAAGUGAAGAGGACUUUUACCAAGGGGUACCUCCCCAACUGGACCGAAGAGGUCUUCACGAUAGGGCAGGUGUAUGACCACACCACCCCCACGGCCUACAUCUUCCACGAGUGGGACGGUGACGCAUUGGGGGGGCGCCUCUACGAGCCGGAGCUACAGAAGGUGCACGUGACAGAGACCCAACACUUCAAAAUCGACCGUGUAGUGAAAACCCGGAAGCGUGGGGGGCGCGACGAGUAUUGA